CUGAGAGUCUGGACACACUAAAAGCGUUGCAGCCCACUCAUUUGCAAGAGUUUUCUGCUGCGUUUCUGUCACCUUUCAUUUAAUCAGAUCCGUGCCACCGCAUGUUAUGUUCCAGCUGUGAACUCCAUUUUACAGUCAUCAAAGCAUGAUGUUUUAACGACAUAUUAUACAGUAAUUUCUCCCUGCCACAUUAUGACGUCGACGUUAUUCUUAAUAUUGUCGAGCUGUAUAAUUCUUACCGGAUCAUCCGUACUGGGAUCGCAGUGUCCCGGACAGGACUGGUACAAUCGAAAAGGCACCAAAGACUGUUAUUAUAUUUUUAAUCCUAAGACGUCGGGAGACGAGGCCUUUAACGGACCUAAUGCCGUUAGGCUGUAUUUUCGCGAUGCAGUUCGGGAGUGUCAAAUGCGAGGGGGUCAGCUCGCAACUUUUGACACGUAUGACGAACUGAAAUGGGUCGAAGCCAAGAUCACCGACAAAUACGCCUAUUUUUGGAUCGGAUUGACCUUUGAAACGUUAACCUGGAGCUGGACAAAUGGCAAUAUCACAAAGCCGUAUUCCGAUAUCGGAUUAAAGCCUAGCCCGACGGAUCCAGAUACUGAGGAUGUGGAGCGGAAAAAGCUAUAUCGUGGGACUAUCACAUAUAUCCCCAAUUCAAAAGAAAUCGAAUUCCGAUCCAUGGUGGGUGACGGGACUUCUAACGGCUACAUUUGCAAAGGAGCUUACAGUUCCCGACCGUGGUGCAAAGUGGAAGAGGGCUGGAUUUACUAUGGCGGGAAAUGUCAUAACUUUUAUCCGUUCGGUGAAACUUUUCGCGAAGCCAAAGCAACCUGCGAGGCGGAAAACGGAAAUAUAGCCGUCAUAAGGAGUGAUUUGGAAGAUCAGCGCAUGAGAGACUGGUUGCGAGAUCAUGUCGAAGAAGAAAAAGGCUGGAUUGGUAUCACGAUCCCUUCCAAGACGGCCAGCACCACCGUGAAUGAUGUAAAAUGGUUGGAUGGCACACCGAUUACGGGUACUCCGGUUAAUCACUGGGCCGGGCCCAAUCUCACCCACGUUAUUGAAUCGUUGCCCAAUGGAAAAUCGUACUGCGGUUUACUUCACACAAAAGACAGUGUCUGGCCAUCGUACUAUGAUUAUUGGUGGGGCAUGGAUGAGUAUGAACCGGAAGUUCAUGAAUGGUCGUUUUCUCCUGACUGCGAUCAAGAGCUCCCGUUCUUUUGUGAAGCACCACGCAACUUAUGUCCAUAUGGCUGGAAUGAAUACGAGAAUGACUGUUACAAGUUUGUCCAGGACACACUCCAGACCUUCGAAAAGGCACGAGAAAACUGCCAGAAAUUGAAGGGCGAGUUAGUAAUGGUUAAAAGUGGUGUCGUGCAAGGCUUCAUAGAAGCUGUCAUCGGAAGCGAACAUCUUAGAGAGGACUUGUGGAUUGGAUUACAAGGUGUAAACGGACGUUACAACUGGAUUGACGGAUCUAGUGUGGAGUACCAAGCUUGGAAUGGAUCGAUGGUAACGCCGGAGCAGGGCAGUAAUACUAACGUCUGCGGCUACGCUCAGCGCGCUGGAUUGAAUGCUGCUGGGACCGGAAAGUGGGCAGUUUCGGUAUGUUCACAACCGAAGGGUUAUAUCUGCAAGACGCCGGCAUCCGCAGAAAUUCCCGAUGAAGCGAUCAUCCAUCCUCCGGUCACUUGUGACGCACCGUUUACAAAGUAUCACGAAGGGUGCUACUUGUUGGUCAAUGAGCAAAAGAAUCGAGAUGAUGCUCAGCGUUACUGCCAAGAGCGAUCGUCCGUGUUGGCUUACACAACUACUUUCGGGGAAAACGUGUGGAUGAAAAAACAAAUUGCCAAGGAUAUUUGGCUGGGUAUUCGGCGAGAAGGUCGAACGGGAAGCUUCCUGGAAUUCCAUUACAGUGAUGGAGAAUAUAUGGGGCCAGGAGGAUUUAAGAACUUCUACUAUGCAUCUUACACAAAUGACAACACGCCGUGUGUUGUCAUGGCCAGUGAAAAUAACCAGUUUUCCACUGAUUCCUUGUUUUCUACCGGUCCCGAGUUAGGAGAAUGGUAUUAUGCUGCAUGCACCGAACAGCGGGAGUUUAUGUGUUAUCACCCCGGAACGCCCAUUGAAAAUCCCGAUCUUGAACCAAAUCAUUCAGACCCUCUUUGUGGUGCCGGAUGGUUCCGUAAUGGUGACAACUGCUACCACCUUAACCCCAACCCUUUACGAUGGCACCUGGCCAAACAGACAUGUCAAAACCUGGCUAUCAAUGCUGACCUCCUGUACAUCACCACCAAAGAAGAAGAGCAGUUUAUCAGUGAUUUUAUGGCGGACCAAUGGUUAUUGUGGAGCCAAGAGUACUGGAUUGGACUGUAUUCAAACGAAAAGGAUCAGUGGCACUGGCCGUUCAGAGAUUCGAAAAAUAAAUGGCACAUCCCAUUGGCAGUGACUAAUUGGGCCUACGGUGAACCUCAGGAGCCCGAAUAUUCCUUUAGUUCCAGAUGCGUUUACAUGGAUGCGAGCCGUAAUCCCGAAUGGUACGCGAUUGCAUGCGACGAAGAGAGGUUUCCGUUUAUUUGCAAAAAGACGCUAAAGAAUGAUACACAAGUUACAACGCCUGUUCCCACCCCACUGCCAGGUCAGCACCUUGGCUGCCCAGCAGACUGGCACGAUUACGACGGCCGGUGCGUCCGCUUUGUAAUUAGCCAAAGAGACUGGCCAACUGCGGAGCAAGACUGUCGUGUCAGUGGAGGUCACUUGCUUACUCUUCGUGAUCAGAACGAAUUUGUUUCCGUCAGCCGCUUUGGAGCCGGUUCCUGGACUGGCUUGAAUGCCAUGGCUGAUCCUGGCGUCCUGAGCACCACCGUUACGGAGCGUAAACCUAGAGUUUUCGUUUGGAGUAGCGGAGAGCCGGUUAUUUACACACCUUGGGAUGUUAUUUCGGUAUCCGGAGGAGUUGUAGGGAGCACAAUCAACGAUACCAACUGCGUUGCGCUAACCUCAACGGGUUUUACGGCGUAUCCCUGUCACGAAAGGAGAUCCUACAUUUGCGAACGCCCCUUACAGUCUACCAGCCUGACUAAUCCUGCUGUAGAUUUUACACAGUAUCAAGGGUGCAAGGUGAAUGGUAUUCGCCACCAUGAAAGCUGCUUCUACUUCGGUAUCGAUCCGAAUUCUCCCAUCAUGAACCAACCGCUGUUAAGCUUCACCAAAGCCAAUGAAUUUUGUCAAACCAAUUACCCAGGAACGACACUAGCCAGUGUGGCGAACGCCAACGAGCAGAAAUUCCUCAACGCCAUAGUGGCUAGCCUAGGAACGGAUUACUGGAUCGGUCUAAUGGAAGUGGAAGAUACGUGGGAAGCGUACGCCUAUUUCAUAGACGGGACGCCGGUUGAGAGCAGCAACUGGGCGGCAGGACAACCUAAGCAUUCACAAAGCUCGGAUGGAGGAUUUGAAGCUGGAUGUGUGGCCCUGCACGGUGCAUUCAGCGACCACAAAUAUCCGGGCGACUGGUACGUGGCUCCAUGCCUGCAGACCAAACACGCUUUGUGCAAAGGACCGAGUGACUGGCACGAGCCACAUCCGACCUUUGCUAGUACUCCUGUACCUACUGGCUGCCCAUCGUCCUGGAAAACAUCAAAGGAUUUCAAGAAUUGCUAUAAAGCAUAUUUGAGCACCAACGCAACCGAUCCCAUACAGAAGACCACAUGGAGAGAGGCGGAAGACUUCUGCAGCCGCUUCCGAGGUGGCCAUUUAGCUUCCAUUUCCACGAAAGAGGAAAACGAUUUUAUAAAAACCGAAGUCCAGAAAUCCGCAUUCACUGGGCACUACCAGUACUGGAUUGGUUUGUGGGAUAGGCAGCCGCAAGGCAACCACUUUGCAUGGGGCUGGACCGAUGGGUCAAGAUACUCAUAUUCUGGAUUCCAAAUGGAAAACCAUGACGAUGAUACCGGCGCUAACUGCGCAGCUGUGGAUGCUGAAAAUGGAAACUGGAUCUCCCAGAGCUGCAAUAACGGCUGGGGAUGGGUGUGUGAGAUUCCGAAAGGAAACUAUUACGAAGCGGAACUUGUUAACCAGUUUCCGGACCCAAUAUUGCCGAAUGCUAACUGCGGACCGGCGACAACGGAGGGAGCAUGGUACCUCGAGCCAAAUACACAAGAGUGCCUGUUCUUUUCCAACAAAGAAGACACUUGGGAAAACGCGCAGUCUUAUUGCGAAUCCCUUGGUCGCGGGGUCAACUUGGCUACGGUCACGAAUGACUCUUACCAGCUUAUCCAAAUCAAAGCGGCGCAACUGUCGCCAGCUGCACGGAAAUACUGGAUUGGUUUGUAUCAAGUGGACAUUGCCGGUCGGGAAUUCGCUUGGGUAGAUGGCCAUUUCUCAGCAUUCCGCAAAUGGGAGAUAGGACAACCAGAUCCCCGUGGUACCGAACGUUGUGUUUCUCAUAACAGCCGCAGCGGACGAUGGGCGGACGAAAAUUGUGGUCAUAAUUACGUUUUCAUCUGCGCCAAGAGUAACCGGGUGCGCCCAAGCAGAGAACCCACGAGAAAUCCAAAUGAAGGCGGUUGUUACGACGGAUGGGCUGCGCAUGGAGGCAACUGCUAUUACAUCUCUCCUCCUGAAAACGUAACAUGGGACGAGGCCCACGAAAAAUGCACACGAGAAUUAUCUGUGAGCCUCGGCAGACCCGCGGCGGAGUUGAUAUCCAUCCAUGACGACAUAGAAAACGAUUUUAUAAUUACACAUCUGUACCAUCGACGAAUAUAUCAUGAUUAUUGGAUUGGUCUGCAUGAAGUGACCAGUGGUCAAUGGGGAUGGUCUGACAAUUCCCGAAUCCGGUAUACAAACUGGCAUCUCACCGAAACUCCUAACAAUGCUGGUCUCGAGUGCGUCGUAAUGGGAAAUGGUGUUGGACAGACUGGACGAUGGUUCCCCCAUCGCUGCACUAGAAAAACCGGCUUUAUUUGCAAAGCACCCAAAGAUCCCCAGCUUCCCGCUCCGACACCUGUAACCGGGAAAUGCGGUGACGGCUGGACGCAGCACACCGAAAAUACAUGUUUUGCCGCGUUCCGACUGGAUGAGGGCAAAGGAGACUGGGAUAGUGCACAGCAGAAAUGCAAGAGUCAACUUGGUGGCAUGGCGGAUAUCGCUAUCGCGGAACAUAUUUACGAAGACGCGCAUCUGCAUCUUUUGUUGCAUCAAAUCUCUCGAGACGCUAACCUUAACCACAGCCGUGGUGCAUCUGCUUGGAUUGGCAUGAGGGAACACUUGGGCAACUACAAAUGGCACAACUCUUGCCCUGUACGAUUCACAAAUUUCCUAAAUUUCGCGACUUCUCUACCGGAUGCAUGUGUGGAAAUGGACCGUCACGGAAAAUGGAGAGCCCGGUUGUGCAAUGAAUCACUGCAUUAUGUACUGUGUGAACGUCGAUUUGAACCAUGCCCGCCUGCACACAAUGAAACUCAUCCUGACCUUUACUGUCCUGAAAAUUUUCCGCAUGAAUGCGGUAGAAAGUGUUUCCGCAUUGAAGGACAGCAGCUACACCACAAUAAUCCCAGCACCUUCUCCAGAGCAAACGCCGCGCAGAGGUGUAGAGAGGUUCGAGGUUUAUUAGCGUCCAUCCGUUCCCAAGAAGAGCAGAAAUGCUUGAACAAUUAUCUGGAUCAUGUGGCGGCUCCCAUGUGGAUUGGUCUGUAUCAAGGUAUAGAUCCGACGACACAGCAGUGGGUGUGGAAAUGGGAAGAUGACUCAUUCGGAGAAAUCCCCACCACAUUCGUUAACUGGGAAACUGAGCCAAAACCUCCGGCUAACGAAAACUUGCGCCAAGCGUGUGUGGCUGUACUACCUAACGGGAAGUGGAUAAACAUGCCUUGUCUCACAUGGGAAGCCAAUCAGACCCGAGGUUACAUAUGCGAGGGCAUGAAAAUACGCCAAGAAGGCGCUACACAACGACCGCAUCGUGGUUCUACCGCAGCUUUCGAAUCUGUGGCAGGAAGUGAUGGGCUGACCGGUGGACAGAUAGCUGGCAUUGUGAUCGGUGUCUUGUUGGCUGUUGCUGUUGUUGGUGCUAUUGGAUACGUGGUGAUGACCGGAAAGACGGAGAGUGUUGUUAGCUCAGUGAAAAGCAUUCGGACCAAAGCGGCUGACCGACUGGGUGUUGGCAGUACACCGUAUGCUCGUCAAGAUGAUAAACAAAGGAUUUCCGAGGAUGCCGAGUAUAACGGGGCCGAUCAAUAAUAUACAUAGAGCGAUAUUGCGCAGUAAUGUUUGCCGUUAGACAGUUGUACCGUUAAACCCAGAAGGCUGUGGCCUUAAGCACCGAUGAAAUGCAACAGAGCUGAAUGCAAGUACCAAAGAAAUUACACUGUACAAAAUCGGCUUAUACCUGAACUAAUUCUGUAAUCCUGGAGUUACAUUUAUUAGCCUUACACAAAUGAGACGUCCUUGUUUGUUCAAAUAAUGUAAUUAUAAUUUAUGUAUUCUUGUCAAUUGUGUGCUAUGUUGAUGAAUGUGUUGGGAUUAAUGUGUGAAUGAAUGUGUGAAUGAAAAA